UGCUUUUUCGUGGUCUGACCUCUGCAGUAACGCUGACAGGGCUGUAUGAAGCUGAAACUCAGCUCAGCGGAAGGUGGUCAGGGUUUAUCUUCUGAUAUAAAGUAAAUACUUUUCCUCUCUACGGCCUGGAAAACGGGACUUUGACACCAUGAGUACCAUGUUCGCAGACACCAUUUUGAUCGUCUUCAUCUCAAUUUGUACAGCGUUGUUAGCCGAAGGGAUUACCUGGGUUUUAGUGUAUCGGACUGAAAAGUACAAGAGGCUAAAGGCUGAAGUUGAAAAGCAAAGCAAAAAACUUGAGAAGAAAAAGGAAACCAUAACUGAAUCUGCUGGACGCCAACAAAAGAAGAAGAUUGAAAGGCAAGAGGAGAAGCUGAAGAACAACAACAGAGACCUGUCUAUGGUACGGAUGAAAUCCAUGUUUGCCAUUGGUUUCUGCUUCACAGCUCUCAUGGGCAUGUUCAACUCCAUUUUCGAUGGAAGAGUUGUGGCCAAAUUGCCAUUUGUGCCACUGUCGUAUAUCCAGGGACUGUCACACCGCAACCUGCUGGGCGAGGAUUACACCGACUGCUCCUUUAUUUUCCUCUAUAUCCUCUGCACCAUGUCCAUCAGACAGAACAUUCAGAAGAUGCUCGGUCUUGCACCCUCCAGAGCUGCAACCAAACAGGCUGGAGGCUUUUUAGGACCUCCUCCACAAGCAGCUAAGUUUUCGUAAUCAGCAUCCCAGAUGUCCCUGCACUACUGCCUGCAUUCAUAGCGCCCCCACCAGCGCACAGACAGAACUGCUCCUGCUGAGGUUAAAAGUCUUACCCGUUGCAGCUACAGUACCACUACUUUGUUUGAUUCUUAUUCAUUUUGUUGUUUAUUUAACAUUAAACAUUAUAACUGUUUUGGUUAGAAAUUAUAGGAAAAUUAUAGUUCAUUCUGUUGAUUAUUAAAGGUUACAAAUGUCAGCUGUGCAUUUAGCAAAAUUCAUGGAGUGUUUGGAGAUUUUAAAUUAACGAUUGACACAGUAACAUCUGAUCCAGUUUCAGUAUUAUUGUAUGUCAUUGUGUACUGUUGUGUCAUGCAUAUGAAUAAAGUUUUAUGAUUAGA